AUGCCCACAGCCCUGUGCCCCCGAGUCUUGGCUCCGAAGGAAAGUGAGGAGCCCAGGAAAAUGAGGAGCCCACCUGGAGAGAAACCUAGCCCCCAAGGAGAACUCCCCAGCCCAGAGUCCUCCCAUUGUCUCUUCCUCCGCUUCCGCUACCAGGAGGCAGCAGGUCCACGGGAGGCCCUGCUCCGCCUUUGGGAUCUGUGCCGGGGCUGGCUGCGGCCUGAGAGGCACACCAAGGAGCAGAUCCUGGAACUUCUGGUGCUGGAGCAGUUCCUGGCCAUCCUGCCCCGGGAGAUCCAGAGCUGGGUGCGGGCUCAGGAACCUGAGAAUGGCGAGCAAGCUGUGGCUGCAGUGGAGACACUGGAGCGGGAGCCAGGGAGACCCUGGCAAUGGCUCAAGCACAGUGAAGAUCCUGUGGUGAUUGAUGAUGGAGAUGGCCAUCCGGACCAGGAACAGGAACGAUUGCCCACAGAACCCCAGGGUGACCUUGCAAAGAGCCAGGAUGCCCAGCCCAUAGCCCUGGUGGAAAGCACCGGGCUCCCAAGCCGAUCACCAGGGCAGCUCAGCGGGGAUCCAGUUUCACAAGACCCUUCCCUUGUUCUGGAAGAAAGCUUGAGGAACACACAGCAGGUGACCGCCUUCCAGCUGCCUCAAAACCGGGUUUCUCCAUUCAAGGACAUGAUCUUCUGCUUCUCUGAAGAGGACUGGUCUCUUCUAGAUCCAGCCCAGACUGGCUUCUAUGGAGAAUUCAUCAUAGGGGAGGAUUGUGGGGUCUCGCUGCCUCAGAACGACGCAGCUGCCCAGCCAGAUCUCUUCCAGGGAGAGGAGAAUGUGCCACGGGUUCCAGAACUGCAAGAUCUCCAAGGGAAAGACAUGACCCAAGUCUCCUAUCUGGACUUUCAGAAUGUCCAGCCAUUCCAGGUAGAAGAAAAACGGAAAAAUGAGCUGCAGGUACCAGAAUUCCAGACCUGCCAGCAGGCGGCACUUUCUCCAAGCACACAUCCAGCAGGUGGCAGUAUGCUGCCCCCAGAGAAUGGCCUUGCUGAGGAGGUAUCCAUCGAGAUCGUCCUGUCUAGCUCAGGGGAGGAGGACUCUCAGCACAGCCCAUACUGCCCUGAUCAGCCACAGGGUUCCACAGAGAAGCAGCCUGUCCUUCCCACCAGCCACAGGAGCAACCCUGUGGGCUUCACAGAUGUGGGAAGUGAGGUCCAGUCCUCCUCCAAGAAGUCCUACGUCUGCCCCAACUGUGGGAAAAUCUUCCGCUGGAGAGUGAACUUCAUCAGGCACCUGAGGAGCCGUAAGGAGCAGGAGCAACCCCAUGCAUGUUCAAUCUGCGGAAAGGUGUUCAGCGACAGUGAGGACCUGGAUGGACACCUGGAGACGCACGAGACCCAGAAGCCUUACACGUGCAGUGCCUGUGGGAAGAGCUUCCGCCUCAACUCCCAUUUACUCUCCCACAUGCGGAUACACUUGCAGUCAGACAAACUGGAGCCCACAGAGAAGAAGGAGCCAGGGCCAUCAGAACACAAGGACAACAGCCCUAACUCCCUGCUGGAGAAGAACAAGGGCAAGUUGAGCUUCAAGUGCUGUGACUGCGGGAAGGUUUUUCAGCGGCACGACCAACUCGUCCGGCACAGGAGCAACAUCCACACAAAGGACAAGGCCAGCACCUUUCAGUGUCGGUACUGCGUCAAAAGUUUCCUGCAGAAUUAUGACCUCAUCCGCCAUGAGCGAUUACACAUGAAAAAACGCUCUAAGCAGGCUUUGAACUCUUAUUGA